AAGCAAUCCCAUUAAGGCAGGAGGAUUAAUACGGUUUCUCUGAGGAUUUCAUGUGUUUCUGACAGAUAUAUAGUUGUGAUAAACUAGGGAUGCUGCGCUGUUAAAGCAUCACUAAACGCCUUUUCUUUGCAGAGUGGAGAAUCCUGAACUGCAGCACUAAUUUUGGCACAGGCAGAAUCUUCCAGAGGCAGGGAGGGAAGGCUGCUGGGUUUUGAACUUCCUACCUUUGUUGCUUUCGCACGUCCUGCACAGCAGCCAGGCAGUGCACCCCCCUCCUCAUACUGCAGCAGGAAACUUAAAAGAUAAACAAUAAUGGAAGACAAGCGCAAGAAGCGGAGCCCAAAGGUGUCUCUUCCCCAGCCGCCUCCUCCCCCCAUCAACCCUCGCAAACUCCCCGUCCUGCCUGCAAGCAAAAGUGCCACCUUCUCCCUCGGCCUGCCGCAGCCCCCCUCCCCCAAGAACAGAGGCAAGUACAAGAGAUCCAUAGGAGCGUCAGGACAGCCCAAGGAGGUGUUCACAGUCGUCGUAGCCCCACCAAAGAUCACCAGGCCCCACAAGGAGAAGCCAAGGGCACCCCAGCCUGCAGGGCCCAGUAAAGUAGUCCAGUCCUCCCCCCUGCAGCACUCCUUUCUCACAGAUGUCUCAGAUGUGAGAGAGAUGGAGGGAGGCCUCCUCAAUCUCCUCAAUGACUUCCACUCAGGCAAACUACAGGCUUUCGGCAAGGUGUGCUCUUUUGAGCAGCUGGAGCAUGUGCGUGAGAUGCAGGAGAAGCUGGCCCGCCUUCACUUCAGCCUGGACAGCCACGUGGAGGAGCUUUCAGAGGACCAGAGGAAGUGUGCCUCCGACCACAACCUGGAGCACCUGCUCUGUAACCUGGAGGAGCUCAGCACCUCAAUACAAAAGCUCCACCUGGCUGAGAACCAGGAUCUGCCCAAGACAUCUGGUCCCUGACAAAGUGAGGUGUGGAGGAUGGCGACCACACACACUCAUCUUCUCCCAACAUCUAGCUAGCCCAUGUUGCCAUGGCAUUGAUCCAGCUGCCUUAGUAACGGAACGGAAAGAUCAACAAGAGGAGGAGGCGAUAUUAUUUUGUAUUUGGUCGGUGAAGCAGAGGGAACGAUAUAAGGACUCAAAGCAGCAGAGCAUUAUUCAAACACUCAACCAAAACCAUAAACCCUCAUUCAUGGCACAAUAAAUGGCCGGAAGUUUUUACUGAACAGUUGUGUUAGAUAACAAAUGUUUUCAGCGUGUUCUUGGCAUCAGCUAACUUGGCUCCAGGUACAUCAUUUGGGAACAAAUCAAAGAAAAGUUCAUAAAAAGCACACUUCAUGAUAGUUUAGGAAGUUGUGCUGAUGUCAUUGUAUGCCUUGUUUUUCGCAUAAUUGUAUAAGUAUGCAUCUCUGUUAGCGAAGCCAUACUUGAGUAGCACACAUAUUUAGUCACAUGUCGACAACACCACUGUGGUUAGCUUAGAACUUUAAAAGGGAGUUUGCUGUUAUUCUGAAUAUACUCCCUCAUUUGUAGGGCUUUGCUUUUAAUACUGGACCAACUGGAGGUGUGACUUUGAUACAUCACAUUUUAAAAAGGGACUUUGUGAGAGGAUACAAAAUGUAUGUUUGAUAAACUUUCAUGUGAAAUCGUUGAUAUGUUUUGCAUAAUGACUAGCUACUAUACAUGUUGACACUGAUUGGUAAGAAGAAGUGAGCUGGAGGAUUUAUCAGGGUUGCCUUCUGGCUUUGUUUUUCUGAAUGAGCUAGUCGACUGCUACUGAAGGGCAUACAUCUCUGUACAGUCCAAUUAAAUGGCAGCUACUUUUAUAGUUCACGGUUUAGAUUUGCAGCUUAUUUAAUUCAAACAUUUGGCAGCGAUGUACUUGGUCCAUAAUAUUUAAACCCUGACAAGCUAAUUAAAGUGAUCAAUCUUAAACCACAGAGCAUCUCAAAGCAGUGGUGAUUUGGUUAUAGAAAAUGUGCCUAUACUGCUUUCUAGGCCCUCAUUUGUUCUAAUGCCUGGAUGACCUCUACAGACUAUACAUUUCUUUACAUCAAGAGAGACGCAUCACUAUUAGCUCUACAUGUGAAUUUGGCAGAACAACAAGACUUCUGAAGAAUCUCCUUUGUAUUCAAUAACUUCCCAUUAAUAAAAGGCAUUUAACUUAAAAAGGCACAACACUCUGGUUUCUUGGAUGAAAUGUAAUGCAAAAUGUUAUCGCUUUACAGAUGUGGUCAAAGAACCCAUUUCCCGAUCACAUUAAGACAUGAAUGAGACACCUGGAAGUUGGUUUUACAGAAAUAAAACACUUUAUUUAUAUAUCAAUCUGUCUUUGCUCUUGUUCACAAACAAGUUCAAUAUAAUUUAACAAUUUGAAGAGUUAAAAGGCUACUUGAAGACUGGCACUAUACUGAGACAGAAUCAGAUCUGAGCCUUCACUGUUUCUCAGGCAAACGCAGGAGCAAAACUCAGCUCCUCUUCCUCUCACCCCGUCCAGGAGAAUUGGUUCCAUUUCGAUCUAGGCAUCAGUGUUCAUAUAUACAUACAUACAUGAUAUAUGUAUAUUUCCUUAACAAAAAUAAAACAUUUUGAUCUUGCCAGUACAUUUUGGUCAUGCAAAACAAAAAGACAGACGGUACCAACUCAGAGCAUCAUUAACAAGACUUUUGAAACCAUUACACUAUAGAUACAUUAUAAACUGUACCAUUAAACAGCAUACGAUUACAGAUUAAGCUAAUACUGUGCAAAUACACAUUUGAACUGUACAAAAGUAUUUUGUACUAUUCUUGUUAAUCUCAAUUCACAAACAAUACAACCACUACAUAAGACAUUUUCAAAAUAUGACAUUUGAGGAAACAGCAAAAUAUAUACAUCUUUCAGGUCCCUGUCUUUGUGCAUUUCAAUCUUAAAUUCUGUAAUAGUGUCUCUGAUUUGUCUACAGUACAUGUUUAGAUUAUGAAAA